AUGCCCGAUGUGGAUAGAAUGCUUGAGAAGUGUGGCGACUUCGGUCGCUACCAAUUCUUCCUCCUCACGCUCUUCGCCGUGGUGAAUGUGCUCACGUCCUGGCACUACUAUUCGCAGACCAUCAUCAGCGUCGUGCCCGAUCACUGGUGCUCCACCGAGGCCACACAGAAUCUCUCAAUCGUGGAGCUGAGAGAGGUGUUCUCCACCUAUGACGAUCCCUUCUGCUCGCGCAUGGUCAACGAGGAGUUUUUCCCCAAUAUCUGGAUGGAAACGACCUCCGAAAGGCGGCGGCAGUGCGAGCACUGGAUCUAUGAUCUUGAUUUUGGGUACCAGAGCAUGACCAGCGACCUCAAUUGGGUCUGCGAGUCAGCCUGGAAGUCCACUCUCGGACAAUCCAUGUACUUCAUAGGAUCCGUGGUGGGAACGCUCAUCUUUGGCAUUCUGGCGGACAAAAUUGGCCGCCUGCCGAUCCUCGUCCUGGCCAAUUGUGCCGCUCUCCUGGGCAACGGAGCCACGAUCUUCUCCACGUCUGUGCCCACGUUCUGCAUCUGCCGCUUUAUCUCUGGCCUGGCUACGGACAGUAACUUCGUCAUGAUGUACAUCCUCGUGAUGGAGUACAUCCGGCCGUCGAUGCGGACUUUCGGGCUGAACAUCUGCAUUGGGAUCUUCUACUGUUUGGGUUCAAUGGUGACUCCAUGGAUCGCAGUGGCGGUGGGAAAUUGGAAAGUUUUCCUAAUGGUUACUUCCCUGCCCAUCGCCAUCAUUCCUGGCUUCUACUUCAUCCUCCCCGAGAGUGUUCACUGGCUGAUUUCCAAGGGAGACGUGGAGGGAGCAAUCAACUGCUUUCGUAGAGUGGCUGCAUUCAACAGACGCCAUCUGGACGAGCAGACCAUCCGAGAGUUCAGGAAUGAGAACACCAGCGAAUCUAAUGGAUGUCAGAAGAAAUCUCAGGCGAAUCUUUUCGAUCUUUUCAAGACACCGCGCCUGCGGAGGAACACAUUUAUCCUAUUUUUCAAAUCAAUGGUCAUCACACUUUGCUAUGACAGCAUCUCGAGGAAUGUCGAGGGAUUGGGCUUGUCACCCUUCAUCCUCUUCUCCCUCAGCGCCACAGCCAUCUUUCCAGCCUGUCUCGUCCUCUGGGCACUCCAAGACAAGAUCGGCCGCAAGGCAAUGGCUUCCAGUUCGCUUCUGGUCAGCGGUAUUUUCACCACUUGCACGGGUAUCGUGUUGGCUUAUCAAAGAGGCGCCGCCACUAUGUCUGCCACACUCCUGGCCACUCUGGCGGUUAUAGGGAGAUUUGGGGUUACUGUGGCGUAUAAUUCCAGUGCUCAGUACGCCACCGAGCUCAUCCCCACGUGCGUUCGUGCGCAGGGAGUGAGCGCAGUUCACGUGGCUGGAUAUGCGGUGACUUUCUUCAGCACAUUCAUCCUGUAUCUGGGACAUUAUUGCAAGGCUCUGCCAGCUCUAAUCCUUGGUGGGUUAUCUCUGGCCGGAGCUGUGCUGUGCCUCUUCUUGCCAGAGACGCUCAACAGAACAAUCCCAGCCACGAUUGAGGAAGGGGAGAGAUUCGGCAUGGGAGAGCGCGUCCUGCACUUCUCCUGCUUCGAGAAAUCCCUUGAGAAAUCUACUUCGGAUAAUACCAGUACAGUUACUACAUUAGAUACAUAGCACAUGAGCACCUGAAAAUACAAUAAAAAUAUUUUUAU